AUUUCUACAUGAUUCAUAUUUAUGUUUCAAGAAUCAAAUUCAUAUUAUGCUGAUAAUUUAAUUUCAUUUCAUAAUAUAGUAAUAAUAAUUAUUAUUAUAAUUUCUACUUUAACAGUAUAUAUUAUUAUAGAUCUUUUUUUAAAUAAAUUUUCAAAUCUAUUUUUACUAAAAAAUCACAAUAUUGAAAUUAUUUGAACAGUAAUCCCAAUUAUUAUUUUAUUAAUUAUUUGUUUUCCAUCAUUAAAAAUUUUAUAUUUAAUUGAUGAAAUUGUAAAUCCAUUUUUUUCUGUAAAAUCAAUUGGCCAUCAAUGAUAUUGAUCCUAUGAAUACCCUGAAUUUAACAAUAUUGAAUUUGAUUCAUAUAUAUUAAAUUAUAGAAAUCUAAAUCAAUUUCGAUUACUAGAAACUGAUAAUCGUAUAAUUAUUCCUAUAAAUAUCCCAUUACGAUUAAUUACAACUUCCACAGAUGUAAUUCAUUCAUGAACUGUCCCAUCACUUGGAAUUAAAGUUGAUGCAGUUCCAGGACGAAUUAAUCAAUUAAAUUUAAUUAGAAAACGACCUGGAAUCUUUUUUGGUCAAUGUUCAGAAAUUUGUGGAAUAAAUCAUAGAUUUAUACCAAUCAUAGUAGAAUCUACAUCAUUUAAAUAUUUUCUUAAUUGAGUAAACAAACAAAAUAAUUAA